AGAAGACGACGACGACUAAUUCAAUUCAAUUCAAUUGAUUCAGGUUCGGUGGGCGACCUUCUCACUUGUUCUUCGAGAACCCUAUUCCCGCUACUAUAAAUCCCCCAAAAUUCAAUCCCCAAAUUCCAACUUCUUUUCCCCACGCAGAGAUUCUCCGAUUCUCCUAAAUAAUUUUCGCAUCGGAUCAAAACUCUGAUCGACUGAAUUGAUUGAAUUGAGAUGUUUAACGGAAUGAAUAUGAUGGAUCCCGAGUUGAUGAGGCUUGCUCAGGAGCAGAUGAGUCGCAUGUCUCCCGCCGAGUUCGCCAGGAUCCAACAGCAGAUGAUGGCUAAUCCAGAAUUGAUGAAGAUGGCCUCGGAGGGCAUGAAGAACAUGAGGCCUGAAGACUUGAAACAGGCUGCAGAGCAGUUGAAGCAUACACGUCCGGAAGAGAUGGCUGAAAUUGGUGAGAAGAUGGCUAGUGCCUCGCCUGAAGAGAUAGCAGUUAUGCGUACCCGUGUUGAUGCCCAGAUCUCUUAUGAACUCAAUGGAGCUCAGAUGCUGAAGAAUCAGGGAAAUGCACUUCACAGCCAGGGCAAGUUCAAUGAAGCUAUGCAGAAAUACUUGCUUGCAAAGAAGAACCUAAGUGGGAUUCCAUCUUCUAAAGGCAGGUCACUUCUGAUGGCAUGCUCACUCAACUUAAUGUCUUGUUACUUGAAAACAAGGCAGUAUGACGAGUGUAUAAAAGAAGGUUCUGAGGUUUUGGCAUAUGACGCAGACAAUGUCAAGGCUCUUUACCGUAGAGGUCAAGCGUAUAAAGAAAUAGGUCAAUUUGAAGGUGCUGUCUCUGAUCUGAGCAAGGCACGUGAAGUUUCACCUCAUGAUGAAACUAUUUCAGAUGUUUUAAGGGAUGCCAAAGAAAAUUUGCGUAAAGAGGGUGGUUCGUCUGGACCAAGAAGAGGAUUAGUAAUUGAAGAAAUAACUGAAGAAGUUGAGACUGUGUCAUCUGCCAACCAUAAAAGGUCUUCUACAGAGUAUUCUGCGGCACAGGAAACUAGCAAUGCUUCUAGGACUCAAAGCGCAUCAAACACUGAGUUUCUGUCAACCAAUUCAGACCUUUUGCAGGCUUUUAAAAGUGACCCAGAAGCUAUCAGAUCGUUCCAGAAUUUCAUUUCAAAUGCUGAUCCUAACAGUCUGGCUGCUUUGAAUCCUGGAAACUCCGAAGAGGUUCCUGCUGACAUGGUUAAGACUGCCUCAAACAUGAUCAGCAAAAUGUCACCUGAAGAACUUCAAAAAAUGCUUGAAUUGGCUUCCAGUUCCAGUUUCAACAAUUUUAAGCCUGGAUCAGUUCCUCCAAAUGUCUCACCGGAUAUGCUUAAAACUGCAUCUGAUAUGAUGAGUAAAAUGCCACCAGAGGAGCUACAGAAAAUGUUUGGAGUAGCAUCUUCUUUGAAUGGGAGAGGUUCAUCUUCAACACAAGGACCAGUCACUGGUAACAGAAGAAGUUCAUCAGAUUAUUCAGAAAGCAGUGAGAAUUCUGCAGUAAAUGCACCUCAGGAUGUGGGUGAAACAAGCUCUCAAGGAAUAUUUCCUAAUUUGAGUUCUCCUCAGUCGAGCUUCCCUGCCUCUGCUGGUGAUUUGCAAGAACAAAUGAGGACCCAAAUGAAAGAUCCUGCAAUGCAGCAGAUGUUCUCAUCAAUGAUUAAAAAUAUGAGCCCCGACAUGAUGGCAAACAUGGGCGAGCAGUUUGGUUUCAAGCUUUCUCGUGAAGAAGCUGCAAAAGCUCAGCAAGCAAUGUCGUCUUUGUCACCGCAGGACCUGGACAGAAUGAUGAAAUGGGCAGAUAGGAUUCAAAGAGGAGUGGAAGGUGCAAAGAAGACGAAAAAUUGGCUACUAGGCAGAUCCGGUCUGAUUUUGGCAAUAUGCAUGCUAGUUAUAGCAGUAGUGCUUCAUCGUUUGGGCUACAUCGGUGCUUAGAGUGUGUAAUUAUGCUUGUAAAUUACGAAAGAUUAAUUCGAAGUCUAACGUCGAGCUAAGUUACGGUAGCAACAGGCGAAAGCCGAUAUCUCUGUGGAACGCAUCAAAAGAGGUGCUGUGAAAGGAAGAAAAGGAAAAUGUUGGAGAGGGACGGGGUCGUGGUUCUAUUUUGGUUAAAAUGAUUACCGGGUGCUCUCUCUUUGUAAUGAAAUCGCGAGUCGUAGCAUUGUUUGGUUGUGUUUGUCAGAAUUAACAGUUGGAGAGAAGCGUGCAGCCUAUGAAAUAUUUGGAUUCCAUCUCUUAACA